GUGUUGUGUGUUCCGGGCUACUAUUGGCUAUGGAGUGUAUGGCGGGCGGGGUCAUAUGUAGCAUGGAAGGAUUUCUGCUUGCAUCUUCCGGUUGAGUGUCUGCACUCAGGUGUGCUGUGCAGGUUUCGGAAAAUGCAUUCAGAUCACUCGCCACAGCUGGCAAGCACAUAUCAUCAAGAAACAGAGCCUUGGUAUGCAGGCCGAGUGUAUUCUAGGUAUUGGAAGCAUUACAGUCAGGCAAUGCAGUGGCUGUACAAGCAUAAGAGAGCAUACAGAAUGUCAGUGGCAUCUAUCUAUUAUCCUCCCUGGUACAUGGCUGAAACCUUUCAAGCCAGUCGCUACGCUGAUUGGGAAGGGGAACCCUCUCGCCCAAGCAUCUACACAGGAUCUCAAAAGAAAUCACACCGACCACGUCCAUGUUUAAAGGUAUCUUCUUCAAAGGAAAUUGAGUCUGAUAUGGAGCAGGAAGCUGCUGCAUCAACCGAUUCUGAAGAGGGUGGAAUAGAAUGUGAUAUGAGUAACAUGGAGAUCACAGAAGAGCUGCGCCAAUAUUUUGCACAAACAGAGAAACACAGAGAGGAACUAAAGAGGCAACAGCAGCUGGAUGAGGAAAUGCAGGAACAGUAUGUAGACGCAGGACACGACCUUCAUGUCCCCACAAACCGAUCCACACAACCUCCUUCCGAGAGGCCCGGGGAAAGGCGUAGACUAGAGAUGAAGAAACUUUAUGGAGAGGAAGCAGCGAAGAUCCAAGGAAUGGAAACUGCCAUACAGCUUAAUUUUGACAGACAUUGUGAUAAGAAACAGCCCAAGUACUGGCCAAUCAUCCCAUUAAAGUUAUAGUCCAAAAUUUGAACACUUUUAUGUGAUAUUGUCAGACACUGCAGCUUUAACAACAUGUGAAUUUAAUGAAACUGCUUAUGUUCUACAUUGGUUACCUCUUCAUUACUAUAGCAAUAGCAGAAUACAUAUACUGUAUGGACUGUAAAGCUUCAACAGAUAUACAAGGCAUAAUGGUCUUCUUUUUUUUGCUUAUAUUAUCUAUGUUCAGAAUUUUAUAUUUGAAUCUAGGUUACAUGUUGAUUUUUCUUUUUGUGUGAUAAAAAAGACCUUAAUAAAGUAUAUAUAGCAUAGCUAAA